UAACAAUAAGUAAACUUCACCAUAACCUCACAAUUUUAACUUAACUUCAUUACAAACAAAUAAUAUUCAUGAUUUAAUUAGUUAUUUCAGCUUCUGACUUUUGCACAUAACCGGUAGCGGUAGAACGACAAUGAAGUACAUAUUUUUCUUAUCACUUUUUGUCAUACUUGCAGAAGUACCGUAUUAUUUUGCUAAAGGUGCCGAUAAAAAUCUAGUCAUUGACAAUGUAGUGGACAUAAAGGACUUUAAAAAGAUUUUACGCACAAAGACGAAUGUGCUUGUAUGUUUUAGUAGUUCAUUGAAACAGUCUGUACCUGUUGUACAAGUGUUUAAGGAGGCCGCCUUGGCUAUAAAGGGAUUGGGUACAAUGAUUUUAGUUGAUUGCUCAGGGGAAGCAAAAAAGAUGUGUAAGAAGUUAAAAGUCUCUCCCGAAACGUACAUUUUAAAACAUUACAAAAUGGGGGAAUUUAAUAAAGAUUAUGACAGAAAGGAAACUGUUACGUCAAUGGUGAAUUUUAUGCGAGAUCCCACAGGAGAAUUACCUUGGGAGGAAGAUGCGGGUGCUGCCAAUAUUGUGCACAUUACUGAUGGUGCUAGUUUAGCAAAAUUAAUAAGAAAAGAGCAGAAACCGGUAAUGAUAAUGUUCUACGCUCCUUGGUGUGGGUUUUGCAAAAGUUUGAAGCCUGAAUACGCGGCUGCUGCCGGUGAGCUUCAGGGUCAAGCAAUUCUGGCGGCGAUCGAUGUGAACAGGCCUGAAAAUGCAAUUGUCAGAAGUCAGUAUAAUAUAACAGGAUUUCCAACGCUUCUGUACUACUCUAAUGGAGUUAUGAAGUACCAAUACGAAGGUGAAAAUAAUAAAGAGGGAAUCAUAAGUUUCAUGCAGAAUCCACACGCGCCUCCGGUUAAAGUUGUGGAAUCUGAGUGGUCGGAUGUUGACAGUGAAGUCGUUCAUUUAACAACAUCUAGCUUCGAUCCCGUAAUUAAAGAGGAGGCGUCGUUGUUAAUAAUGUUUUACGCUCCCUGGUGUGGACAUUGUAAAAGAAUGAAGCCGGAGUAUGAAAAAGCUGCAGCUGUUAUGAAAAACGAAGGGAUAUCUGGAAUGUUGGCUGCUGUGGAUGCUACCAAGGAGCAGGCAGUCGCCUCGAAAUUUUCCAUAAAAGGGUACCCUACUGUUAAGUAUUUUAGCUAUGGGGAGUUUAAAUUUGAUGUUAACUUACGCGAGUCCGCAAAAAUAGUUGAGUUUAUGACAAAUCCCCAAGAACCUUUGCCUCCACCUCCGGCUGAAGUUUCUUGGUCGGAAGAAAAGUCCGACGUUGUUCACUUGACUGAAGCAACUUUUAAACCUUUUUUAAAAAAGAAGAAACAUGUACUUGUAAUGUUUUACGCACCAUGGUGUGGUCAUUGUAAGAAAGCAAAACCUGAAUUUACAAAGGCAGCAGAAUCUUUCAAGGAUGACCCUAAAGUUGAAUUUGCGGCCGUCGACUGUACCACACAGCAUGGACUAUGCAGUGUCAAUGAUGUUAAGGGUUACCCAACGAUUAAAUAUUUUAGUUACUAUUCAAAGUCAGUGAAGCACUAUAAUGGUGGACGAACGUCUGAAGAUUUCAUCAAAUUUAUGAUCGAUCCCGAAUUUGUCCCUGUCAAGAAAGAGGCAGAUAAUUGGAUCAUAGGCGACUCAAACAUUGUGGUUUUAAAUGACGAUAGUUUUAAAAAAGAAAUAUCGUCCCCUACACCAACAUUGGUUAUGUUUUAUGCACCAUGGUGUGGACACUGCAAACGGAUGAAGCCUCAGUUUACCAAGGCAGCAGAUGAGUUAAAGGCAGAGGGCGUUACUGCAAGAUUUGCAAUAUUUGAUUGCACCGAAAAUCCAAAAAUAACGGAAGAAAUGGAUAUCUCAGGAUAUCCAACUGUCAAAUUAUAUGUAAAUGGCAAAUUUGUGAAGGAUUAUACAGGCAACCGGUCAUUUGAAGAUUUAAAAAGCUUCAUGAAGACUAAAUUGAAAGAUGAAUUGUAAAAUUACAAACUCACUAAAGUAUAUCUGUUAAAGAUCUGAUACAGUC